AGCCAUUACAUCACGAAGAAGAAAGAUACCAGAAGCAGCGUUUGUUUUGCUUUUGGCGGUCGUGCGAAGUGUUGUUGCAUCAAAUAAGGAUACAUGAAACACCAUGUCAUCCAAAAGUAAUGCUGUGACACAGCCCAAGACCCUGUUUGUGAGUGAAGAGGGGGAACCACUGAGCUUCUAUUUGCGCCCAGGCCCCAUGAAACAAGAGCUGCUGCCACUCAUCAAAGCCGGAGGAGGUCUGCUCUGUAAUUUCCAAAAACCAGGCACCAUCAUGCUCAGAGACCCAGAGGACGGGGCGUCUAUUCCAGAACGUAUUGCUCACUGGUAUGUGUCAACGAAGUACAUUCAGGAUUGUAUUGAGAAGAAUAAAAGGCUGAAUAUGGAAGAGUACAGACUGAAUCCAGAAUCUACAAACUCAAGAAAAACAAAAAAAAAAUCUAACAGCAAAGUCGGCUCUCCUGCCAUUACAGGAGGAAGAUCUGCCUACACUGCAGAGGAAGAUGAUGCUAUUCUGAGUUACGUGAGCAAACAUGAGAGUGAAAUUGGAGGUAACAAGCUGUGGCAGGAGAUGGCCAAAAAAACACUUACCAGCCACAGUUGGCAAUCCAUGAAAUAUCGCUACAGAGUCCAGCUAGCGCCCAGACUGUCAGAGUUCAAACGGACAGACUCGGCAAAGAAAAACAAAACACAAAAUGCAGAUCAAAUUGAACCUGAGAAUAAAGCAUCUCCUCAAAAAAUCCAAGCUGAGGUCAUGGAUCUUGAGAACAUUUCAGCAGAGAUGGACCUAACACAGAUUUCCCAGUCCUCUGACUCUCAAGAGGAACAGGCAAAUGUAGAACCAGCCAAAUGCCAUGACAGUGAGACACGUGAUUCAAUGGAGACUUCCAAAUCUGAAACAGACGAGAUCCCAGAAUUACUGCUGCCUGACGGCACUACUACUGAAAAAGAUGGUCCAAUAGAAACUACUGCAAAAAACAUCUUAAACUCAAAUGACAAAUUACCAAAUUCAGUUAACUGUCCUGUAACAAGAGAGCAAGAUGAGUUCGAAAAUAUCACAUAUCACAUACAGCAAUGUAAACAAAAAUUACACUUACAAGUUUCUAGUCCCCAAAAAGAUCAAAGAAAAGACCAAUCACCACCCAAAAAGGUCCGGCGAGAAACUGAGCCCAAUAUAACAGAGCAAAUGCAACAGGAAAGUGAAAGUGGACAAUCCAAAGUAACCCACACAGAUGAAGGAAAUUGCCCUGCACUUCAACCUUCAAAGAAGAAAGUGAAGAGGAAACUAGGCAUUCUGGAGAUGGCUACAAAAGAAUUUGAAGAUGAUACUGAGUCUGAUUCUGAUCUUUCAUAUGAAACAGCAAGACCAAGCACAUCCAUAGAAGCAGUUAUAGGUUCUUCAAACUCUGGAGAUCCAUCUACUUUAAAUCAAGAAAAAGAUCCAGGCAACACACGAGCUGAGCAAAAUCCCCAACCCACCACAAAUACUAAUACUACUGCUUCUGUUGCUAUUACUACUGCCACUCCUGCCACUAAUAAUGCCAGCACUGCUAAUACGGCAGUACCACAGGUGACCACAAGGGGCCAUCCUUCGGUAACUGAGCAGGUGUUAUCAAAGGCCCAUCUAUUUAUUUUUGAAAGUGAAUCGCAGGAGUUGGAGGAGGACUCCCAGUCUCUUGUUGGCUCUCAUUCGCCCUCUGCUGUUCAAACAAAUGAACAGAAAAACGGCCCAUCUCUGACGCAGGAUCAACAGGAGGAAGACGUGCAGCUGCUCAGAGACUUCAUGAAACACACCAAUCAGAACUUAUUCAAUGUGACCAAAGCCCUGCUGAAGGCCAGUGGAGACCUGUUUUUGGCCUAUAAGAUCCUCCAGAACCCGUCCUCUUUCUCUGGACCGAUCUGGACUUGCACUGAUGACCAGCGUUUGCAUUCCACGGACCAGGAAGUACGACAGGAACUGCUGACCAAAUAUGGUGAAGAGGGUGUGGCCAAAAGACUCCUGUUUUUAGAGAUGGAAGGCUAAAGAAUUAUUUUUUAAAUUGUGCACAAGAUAUAGUAAACCGGGUUAUGACCUUGAUUUACCAUUGACUGAAUUAAAAGGAUUCUGUUCAAAGUG